GCUGUGGCCGGCGGGCGCCGCCAGUCCACGGCCGUCGUCUGCCGCCGCCGCGUCGAACCGUCACCACCGCCGCCUCCCGCCGCGCGACGCCAAAAACACUAUUACGCAAUUUGUUAACGCCAACAUGGCGGCGCCGUCGACGCCACAUCGCUGAUGCAACGGAUACGCACACGUCAUGCACACAAUGAUCGAUUUCCAACUAAUCAAAACGAAAUAAUAUCAAAUUAAUAGUUUAAAUUUAAUUAUUAAUAUACAAUAUGUCAGAAAAGGCCAAAAACGAAAAUUAUUUUCUUAUUACUUAACAUAAAGCAAUAAAAUUAAAAUCUAAAAAGAAAACAGUUAAUUAUCAACGAGAAACAAGUUUUAAAAAUUCUGUGAGUGAGAGUGCGAGUUAAGUGACUUAAGUCGGUUACCAAAAAUUCAAUUCAACGCUCAACGUUCGAGUGAAAAGCGAAAAAGUGAGAGUGACUUUGAGCUGACACUGGUUUCCUUUCCCAUACAUACGAAUAACACGAAUAAAUUCAUUUGCCACUACUUUUUGUAUUCGCAACGCGCCGGCAUCAUCACAACUCUCACCAGUUGAGUACGCGUAGUGUGGCUUAGCUGCAAGCGCACGCGCAAACAUUAGCGGAACACGGCAGAGCAGAGCAAAACAAAACACAACACAGCGAAUAAAUAAAACUUAGUUGUGUUUGGAUAACGUUGAUGUGCGGUUGUUUUUGUAUUUGUUUGGUUUGGUUUGGUUUUUAAAUAAAUCUGGACGUUUUUAAAUUUAAAGUUUGUGGAAAUAGUGGAUGUUAUCAUUGUGUGUAUUGCGUGUGCGUGCGUGUGUGUUGGUGAUAAGAAGCGAGCGGGAGGGACGUGGCCAGCAAGAUGAUCCUGAGGAAUAUUUUUAGUCUUGUGCUGCUUGUAUCUGGAGGGUGGUGUAAACGACAUCCAGAGCCGUAUUAUGGCACGUUGAUAGGUAGAUUGAAGGAUUAUGCACAUGGGAUCACAGGGACGGCGUACGCCGUGGACGACAGCACAAUUUUCAUCAAGAAUUUUUCUUAUGAUGGGACUGGACCUGAUGCUUUCUUCUGGGUAGGCAACUCACCACGCCCUAGUCCAGAUGGGUAUAUUAUACCGUAUCCAGAGGAUUUUGUUGGAAGAGAUCCACCAGUAUUAAAAGCUUAUCGCAACGCUGACAUAAUCCUGCGCCUGCCGAUGGGGAAAAAGAUCAAGGACAUAAGAUGGCUUUCCGUUUGGUGUCGACGUUUCACCGUGGACUUUGGUGAAGUCUUCAUCCCAAACCUUGAAGUACCCCGUCCACGUGUCCUCCACGAAUUCAAACGCCUGGCCCACGGUCUACGCUCCGAAAACAUCACAAUCCUCGACGCGAAAACCUUCUACAUCCCAAACCUACACUACGACGGCGCCGGCCCCGACGCCUACUUCUGGGUAGGCAACGGCAGUGAACCCACCCCAUUCGGCAUCAAGGUCCCCAACGAAAUGGGCUCCCUCAACCCUCUCCGGGGCUACCAAGGCGAAGACAUCGAAAUCCAACUCCCUGGAACCCUCACAGUCUACGACAUCGACUGGUUAGCCAUGUGGUGUGUGCAAUACAAGCACAACUUUGGUCAUGUGAUGAUCCCGAAGGAAUUGGACGUACCUCCAGCCCUGGGUCAAACCAAAAUUUCGCCGCCAUGGUGGUACAAUCCCACAUCAACAAAUCAACCUCCAACACCAACAAAUUGUCGGGAGUUCCUUGAUAAGAGACUCCAAGUGCGGUGGGUGAUGAAGGGCGACAUGGUUGAGAUCACCCUCAGUGCUAGGAUCAGAGAGGAUCAAUGGAUGGCUUUUGGGCUUAGUGGAGAAAAUGAUGUCCCUAAAAUGAAAGGUGGAGAUGUGGUCAUUGCUUUCUACGACUCCUCAAGUGGUACCUUCAAAGCAGUUGACUACUACAUGUCUGACAAAGCCCAAUGUGAUGGUAAAGCAGGUGUCUGCCCUGAUGAACGCAUCGGGGGUAAAAACGACGUGACCCUUUUAUCUGGGGAUCGUAAAAAUGGGGUCACAACCAUAACCUACACUAGACCCUUGCAAACCAACGAAGCUGUCAAUGAUAAAGCAAUCCCCAAUAGUGGAGAAGUAAGUGUCAUCGCUGCUUUUGGUCCUUUGAACUCCCUGAAGGAAGCCAACUCACAUUCCAUGACGGAUAAGACCAUGGAGGACCAUAAAAUAGAUUUCUCUGAUAUGGACGACGCUGAUUGUUCCACUGACCUUGAUGUGGACACUGAUGAAAAAGGUCCUAAACCAUGGCCCCAAAUGCGUAUUGUUGGUGAGACUUCAUUCCGUGUAAGAAUUGGUCCCACAGGUGGUAAACGUGGUUAUACCCCGAUUACUGGACAACCUUCAUGGGGGAUCUGCUGGUGGGUCAAUGACAUGCUCAUUCCGGAACUGGUCCUUGAACGUGGACAGACAUAUCAGUUCAUAGUUGAAGGUGGGAAUGAUCCUACGAAUCCAGCUAGGUAUCACCCAUUCUAUAUAACUAACUCUAGAGAAGGAGGUUAUGGUCAGAAGUCAGAACAACUACAAAGGAAGCAGAAGGUUUAUGCAGGAGUGAGUUUUGAUAAGGAUAACUACCCACAACCAACUGCAGCUGGGCAUUACUGUGAGUGGACGCAUAAAAGCAUUGAUAAAUCAUCGGAAACUGAAACUUUCGCGAAGUAUCUUGAUACUUUGAGGUUAGAAUGUGAUGCUGGUGAGCCUGCAACGUUAAACUUCACUGUACCUAUGGAUGCUCCCGACUUACUUUAUUAUCAGUGUUACACGCAUAAUAAUCUUGGAUGGAAGAUAACAAUUGUUGAUCCUGGUUAUAUUGAUCGUCAGAAUAGUUCAUCUACAGCUGGAAUCAAUUAUUCUGUCAGUGGAUUGUUUAUUAUUACGAUUAUUACGCUGUUUUCCAUUGGUGUAGGACGGGUUUUCUAACAUACGAGUCACUGUGACUCUAGUCGCCCGUUUGACUAAACGGAAACAAAGCGGAAUCAACCAAGAAUAAUAAGAAUACAAUGAAAAACAUAUGAUAGUAAAGUAAGUCCUAGGUAAGUUCGAAUUUUUCAAUGUGAAUACACGUAUUUAAUAAUAAUUAAAACAAAAAGAAAAAAUAUUAAAACAAAUCGACUUUAUACACAUGCAAAAUUGUGUGAGAGAAGUUGCAUACGUUAAAAAGUCGAUUUGUGUAAUUUAUGACAAUAAUAAAAAAUUUGCAUUUUUAUGCAAGAAAUUUCGAAGACAAUAAUCGAAUGCGAUACAAAUGUAAUUUACACGUUUGUCAAUAUAAACAAUAAGCUUGAGAGGAUAAUUUACGACAAUAAUGGGUACGUAGUACAAUAUUAUACACAUUUGCCAAUUGAAAACAUAAACAUACAAACAAAGAACAGAAUAAUAUUCCUAUACACGUUUAAUAUUUAAUUACAAUGACAAUAACAAUAAAUAAAUAAAUUUUAAAAGAUUAAGAUUAAUAUUAAAAGGUUUUAUGCGAUGAGUACAACUUGUACACAUUACUAUAAACAAUUGUAUUAUUGUAAGCUUUGUCACAGUCGCCAUCUAGGCGCAGGGCAUGAAAGCGAGAAUUUUUAACAUUUCUACACGUAUUACACGUAUAUCAUAAUCGAAUGUAAUGUCUUUAAAUAAUUCAUAAGCUACGAGUAAUGUAUACACACAGAGGUUUAAUAUAGGCAACCAACAUUACACAUUUUGGCUGAAUGUAGUGAUGCGCGUUGGUGUGCAGACAAUAAAACCGACAAUAAUGGUGUAAACUGUAAACUGUGUACAUUCUAAGCUAGUUUUCAUAUCUAUGGCUUUUAUAAAUGUGGUUUUUGAAGUGGCGUGACGCUGAAUUUGCAGAAAUGCACAAAUAUCAAGCAUAACAUAUUCAUAUUUAUCUAGAAAUAGUUCAAAAUCUUUGAAAUAUCUAGCAAAUAUUCUAUCCAACAAUAUUUACAAUCCACAGUCCAUGAAUGAUUACGUACUGUCAAAUUUUACAAUGUUUUGUUAGAUCUAACCUCAUUUUAUUGCUAUGGAUCAAGAUUUUGACAUUUUGACAACUUGAAGUUUUGCUCAGAACAACACGGUGUUAUAACCUAACAUUUUUACAAUAUUUCGCAUAUCAACUGUCAUGAAAUGUCAAUUUUCACACUUACAACUCAAAUAUCUUCAAAAUAUCAAUAUCAACAUAACGUUUACAAAGUGUAUAAAAUGUUUCAGAUGAUCAAGGGGAUGAUGAAAUUAUUCUGUACAUGUGUCAUAUUGCUAAUUAACAAUUGUUAACGUAUUUACUGAUAACUGUAUCAUUGGAUAUUGUAAUAUUAUCGAUUUGAUCUUAUCGAAUACAAAUACAUAUUAGACAUUAAAUAACUUAUAAAUUAAACAUCUACGCAUGAAAUUAAGGCAUCACUGGUUGCAUAAAACUAAAUUUGUUGAUUUUUGAUUGUUUUUGUAUUAAAUUCUCUUCGUGUGAAAGAAUAGUGCUUAUUUUAGGUUAUAUUUGAUGAGAUGGCGCAAAUUGAUUGUUGAUUUGAUUGUGGAGUGCCUUUUGUGAAAUAAUUUCGUCGUUUGUAUGAAAAUUUUAAGAAAAGCACGCAAACAAACUUGUUAUGAAUGUACUUCUGAACAAAUGAAACCUAGAAAUUGCAUUGUACAACUUUUUGGGUUUAGAUUUUAAUAAAUUGGAUGUGAAUUAAA